AUGGAGAGCGAGCUUGGAGAUAUCUUCCCACCUUUUCCAACAAUAACAACACCGGAUACGGAUCUAAACGGUUUUCACUCGCGAUUUUCUAGGGCUUACACACUUUUCGUCACAGUCGCACAUGUUCUCCAAAGCAUUCUGAAUGAUCUUUGUACAAGAGAACCUCUUCGACUUGGGUUUAUCAAUGGAGCGAUUCAAGAUUACUUCGAACAUUCUACGUUCAAACAUAAGUACAAUCAGUUAUAUGAAUUGUUUGAUAAAUUAUCCACUUUACAACCAUCUACAGAUUGGGUCGAGUUUGAUCCCAGCUUCCACUAUGUGGUAGAGUUUCUCAUGCAACGUAUAAAGUGGGAAGAGCAGGAUGAAUCCUAUAACUUUGAUAUACCCCAAGGCCUAACCGAAAUCGCACAAUCGACUGUUUACGAAAUAAUCAAUAUAUAUGACAUUGACUUCAUCCCAGAGACGAGCUUGGAGGAAUGGCAUCCAAGCUUAUCCAAUAUUCUUCAUGUCCUCUCAAUUGUCCACGAGAAAGCUAUAUAUUCCGAGGUGCGACAACCGAUAAACAUCAAGAAAUCCGAGCCCACAAUUAUAACACAAGAGGAAUCUAAGAAUCCAUAUACAAAACCUCUUGACCACUCUUCUAAACAGAUCCGAAUUCUGAAGAUUUUCCCUGGCACCGGUUCAUAUAUCCGAUGUAGUCUCGAACAGCGCACUUUGGGUCCAGAAGCCAUCGAUAUGGCUUUAUCAUACGUUUGGGGAAGAGGUGAAAGAAAGAAAUGCAUUUGGAUUGACGAAGCUUAUUUCGCUGUAACCGAACGUCUCUAUGAAAUACUUCUGAAAUUACGCGACUUGGACCCUUCUCGGACCAUACACAUAUGGAUAGAUGCUGUCUGCAUAAAUCAGUCAGACAGUGAAGAGAAGACGCAUCAGGUCCGUCUCAUGAGGGAUAUAUAUACUGCGGCGAAACAAACAAUCAUUUGGCUGAGCUAUACCUUGCCUGAUGCGACAACCAAUCCUAACGACUUUGAUUUUGUACUUCCAGAAGGGCUCGAAGAAAUAACCGUGGACCGAUAUGACCUUUGUAGCAUCAUUAAAGAACUACAAGACUGCCCUUCACAGGUGCAAUCGAUUGAAAAGAAGACGGCGCUUUAUCUAAUGCUUUGGUGUUGCAUACAAAAUAUAUUGCUACAAGAGUGGUGGGAGAGAACAUGGACAAUCCAGGAGGCCGCUCUGCCUAGGUCUCCGCCGAUUUUCUAUUUUGGAGAGUGUGGAAAGUUUCAAUUCUCGUUCGAUGACAUGAUGCUUGCAAUGAACAUGCUUUCCGAGGUGAACGAGCUAUUACGCCAAACUCUCCAUGAUUUGGAAAAUGGCCAAGAAUACAAGCCAAGCAAUGCAUUGUCAACUAUGAUUACCCGAGCCAACACGAUGCGUCCAAUUCGAAGGCCGUUAUUAUUUUAUCUCCGUCCAGGCCUCGCGAGGAAAGAGAUGAUUGGGGAGGAGAAUCUCCAUACAUUCGACAGCAUCAUACAUUUCACAAACGCCUAUAAAGCCACCAACCCCCAAGAUAAGAUUUUUGCGUUGCAGUCUCUUCUCCCUAGAUGGCUCGGACAACUCAUACAUAUAAACUAUGCUGAGACUUGUGAAGACACCUUUACACGGGCAACGGCCCGUCUCUACAAUAAAGGAGGCAUGGCGGUUGUAUCAGUGCUCAAACUUUUAGUUGAGACCCGAACGGAUCGCAAGGCGACCCCAACAGCUCCCUCUUGGGUUAUAGAUUUCACCUUUUCUGAAGCGCAUCGCUUCACAAGUGAUGACGCGAAAAUGGCAACACAUCAUGUGACGCCCGACGGAUUCAUUUUCUCAAGGAUCCGUUCACAUCCUGCCCGUAGAAGGCCUAUCGGCAGUAGGUGUUUUGCUACCCCAAGGUCUCUUUUCUGCUCAGGGAUCUACAUAGAUCGAAUCUGGAAGACAGAUUUGAUGAAUGAGUAUAAAGAUGAACUUCAUACGUCAUUGCUCGGAUUUAAAAUAGGGAGGGAGCAAAGACAAAGACGGGGCCUAGGCGAAUCAUUCACGUCGUUUUCUGCAGAGGCCUCGUCUAUUGUCUGCUUCAUUGCUAUGAUAUCUGGAAAGGUGCUUGAAGGAGAUUUUUUGGACCUUCUUCAACAUCGAUAUGCUAAUAUUUACAACGGUGAUCAUAGCUACUUCAUUACAGACAAGGGACUUUUGGGAAUGGCCACAACUUCUACCAGAGUUGGUGACAAAAUUUGUUUAUUGCAGGGCGUACCGGUUUAUUUUAUUCUUCGAGAGGUAGAAGUCCUUGGUGGGAAGCUAGAAGGGUCACUGCAACAUCGUAUUGUUGCUCGAGCAGCUUUAAACGACACUUUUGGGGACCUAGAUAAGGUACUUGACUCUCUGCCCAUCGACAACAUCCGGAUUGUCUAGGGGGAAUUGGUAGGCAUGUAUAUAUAGGUACCUAGUUUAUCACAGGUUUAUUCUAUAUUGGUAUGAUACUUGGAA